AUGGCCACCAGGUGGACAAAGGCACGGAAACGUUGGUCUCCAGAUAUUGCGAAAAAUUGUUACCCUAUGUACCACCAGCAGUUUGAGAUACUUGAUGAGGCAGAAGUCACAUGGAACCCGUGGACUCAGGACCAGCUAAAAAUGAUCUUUGAUGCUCGACACUUCACACCAGGCAUGUUGACCGAUAGUGCAUUCUGGCUGACUCGCUGCAACUUAUUGUUCCUGUGGUGUGUUGAACCUUACAACCCAGAGCGUGUAAUGAGACAGUUCGGUCUCUAUCAAGAAAUUCCACCACCUUUUCCCAGACGUAUCGACGAGGAAACACAUAAGCUAACCAAUAUGGGCAGGGGUUGGAGUUUAUACGAUUGGAGGGAAGAGAACAGUGAAUGGGUACACAAGUGGACAAAUGAAGCGCUAGCAGAUAUAGUGCGUCAACUUAGGCCGUACGAUGGAAGUACAGAUCAAGCGUACAAGCAGUGGUACUGCAUGAACACACGUGCUAGCCUGGCCAGUCAGCCAGCUACUAUACCAACACAUCUCACACAAGAGGAGCAGGCGCGGAGACAUGUUGAGCUGCAUGCAGCUUACUAUCGUGACCACCUGCUUGAAAAUGUCAACGAAGUAGGGCAGAUGGCUACGGAUAGCAUGCCGGCCCAGGGCCCAUAUCGCAAGACAUUCCAGAAACUUUUGCAACAAUUCGUGGCAAAGAAGUUCAGAUGCGGUAGAGGCGACGACGUUGCCACUGGAGCAUACAUGCCGGUAGCGAGGUCAGCCAGACCGAGUGCGGCACCGUCGUCCAGACCGAGCGAGGCGCGUACGAGCCAUGAGCAAUGGGGGGAGGGUCCGAGUACUAGAACGACAUUGCCACGACAUGACUCAUCUCUGCCACUGCAUCGCUCUUCUUCGAUGCAGCUUCGUCAGGGGCAAACAUCUCAGGACCAUGGCACGGGCUUGGAUUCGAUGCCCGAGCAGUUUCUUUCCCCUAACCCAUAUGCGUACACAGGAUAUGAUGCAUACACCCAAGGUGAGGGAUCUCAGCCGUUUCUCUCCACGCGAGGGAUCCCCAUGCCCGAGGAGACUCGUGUACCAGAUUUAAACCAGCACCAAGUACAAUGGCCAGACAGUAUAGGAGAGGGAUAUGCUCAGGACACACCUGAUGUUAAUUGGGGCGAUGAGAACACCCAACGCGGCGUCAACACAGGCCUCCGGGGAGCAUCACAUGAUCAUGGCGUCAACACAGGCCUCCGGGGAGCAUCACAUGAUCUUGGCGACACGGUUACAUCAUUAGUUACAGAGUUCUUCGGAGGGGAUGUUAUUGGCCCAUCUUUUAUCCCCCCGGAGUCACAACCAUACGCCUACAAUUACGCUUCAGUGUGUUCCCCACCCGGAAUCGUGGCGAUGGAGCCGACAGAGGACAUUGAGUUCCUCUGGAAGUGGCGCAAGUACCUGCUGCUGCUCGCCACGCUGGUCGCCAGCGUCACCUACGGCGCCGGCCUCAACCCGCCCGGCGGCGUGUGGUCCAAGGACCACGAUGGAGGCAACACCCCACAGCAGCGCCCCGGCGCCGUCAACCCGCCGGCGCCCCCGUCCCUUGCGGUGUCCCCGGCGCCGGCGGUCUACCCAUUCCGCGUCGGCGAUCCCGUGCUGGUGUCCACCUACUCGGCCCGGUACACCGCCUUCUUCUACUGCAACGCCACAGCCUUCGUGGCGUCGCUGGUCAUCAUCAUGUUCCUGCUGGACCGGCGCCUCAGCGGCAACCGCGUCGGCCUCACCGUGCUCCGCUCCGCCAUGCUGCUUGACCUGCUGGCUCUCAUGGCCGCCUUCGCUGCCGGGAGCUGCCGCAGCGUGCCUGGGUCCAUCUAUGUCUCCUUGCUCUUCGCCGUCGUCUUCGUCUACGUCGCCAUCCACCUCCGCGUGGCCUCGAGGACGGAAGCGCCGGCCGCGGACGCGGAGGAGAAGAGGCGCCUCAAGGAGCAGCGCAAGUUCCUGCUGCUGCUGGCCACCUUCGCGACCCCGCUGGCGUACGGCGCGGGGCUGGCGCCACCGGGAGGCUUCUGGAGCGAGACCCAGGAUAUGCACCGCGCCGGCGCUCCGCUGCUGCACGACGGGCCCUACAAGAUCCGCUACCACAUAUUCUUCUACGCCAAUGCCAACUCCUUCGUGGCCUCCCUCGCCAUCAUCAUGCUGCUCAUGAGCAGGACGCUAAGCGACCGUCUCGUCCGGUCCAAAGCUUUGCUUGUGUGCGUCCUGGGGGAACUGCUUGGCCUCAUGAUCGCUUAUGCCGCCGGGAGCUGCAGGUGGAUCCCCACCACCGUGUACAUCGUCUCCCUCGUCGGCGCCGUGGCCAUCUACAUUGUGUUGGUGUCAGCGUUCGGCCUCGACGCGAUCGAAGAAUGGCGUAAGAAACUCGUUGCCUGUGUUGGCCUUGGGCCAAAAGGUGAUGGGCAAGAAGUUGCAGCGAGGACAAUCAACAUCGGUGCUCGGCAAGAAGUUGCAGCGAGGACAAUCAACAUCGAAGAAAAGCUGGAGCAGACGCGGUCGCUUGUGCUGCUGCUGGCCACGCUGGCGGCGACGGUGACGUACCAGGCAGGGCUGAGCCCGCCGGGCGGCGUCUGGCCCGAAGGGCAUCAGAAUCGCAUCGCGGGGAACCCGGUUCUCCACGACAUGCACCUCAAGAGGUACAUGGCCUUCUACCACUGCAACACGGCGGCGUUCGUGGCGUCCGUGGUUGUCAUCAUCAUCGUCCAGAGCAAGGUGCUGAGCACCGUCUGGGGUGCCAUGCUCCUCAAGACUGCCAUGAUACUGGACCUGUUCGGCCUCAUGGGCGCCUAUGUCGCCGGGAGCUGCCGGGAUCCCACCACCACCAUCUUCGUCGCCGCGCUGGCCGUCGCCGUCUUCCUCUACACCAUGGCCAAGGUCGUGGGCAAGCAGAGCUGGCUGGCACGGUGGGUGCAACGCAUGCUUGUAGCGUUGCUCCCCCCUGAGUUGCCCCGGAAAGGAGGAGGAGACGCACCUCAAGUUAUCAACCUCCCCGACGAGCCGUCCCAGCAAGGAGGAGAAGCACCUCAAGAAGCUUUCCAUGUCAUCCACAAUCCUGACGAGUCGUCCCGGCAAGGAGAAGAAGCGGCGCAUGUUCCUGCUGCUGCUGUUGUGCACCUUGGUGGCGAGUCGUUCCGGCAAAGAGGAGAAGAAGCAACUCAAGGUGCGGCACAAGUUCCUCCGCUUGGAUCUGAGCGUAUUCUUGAAGAAAAAAAGCUCGAGAGGAAGCGCAAGUUCUUGCUGCAACUCGCCAUCCUCGCCGCCACCGUCACGUACCAGACAGGGCUGAACCCGCCGGGCGGAUUCUGGACGGAGAGCAAUGGGGAUAAGUUAGUCACCGCCGGCGACCCAAUCCUCCUCGACUACUACGGGGUCAGAUACCAGGUGUUCUUCUACUGCAACGCGGCGGGGUUCAUGGCGUCCGUCACCGUCAUUCUCCUCCUGGUGAACCAGACGUUGUCCAAGCCGGGCAUCCGGACCAAGGCGCUCUACGUAUGCGUCAUGGUCGGGCUACUGGGCCUCAUGGGCGCCUACGCCGCAGGCAGCUGCCGGAAGCUGCGCACCUCCAUCUAUGUCUUUGCACUCGUGGCGGCCGUCGUGGCCUUCCUCAUCCUGGAGAUCCUACUUCAUUGGCUCGGGCGCAGGGGUUGGUCCAAGUGCCUCCCUAAGUGCCUAACGAGGCUGUUUGAGACAUUGUCGACUGGGCCGGGCGGUGGCAGCAAGAACAAGAGCGAUCAGGAGGUGAUCACCACCGUGGAUAAACUAGAGAGCGAGGACUAUGAGAAGCGUAAGUACCUGAUGGUGCUCGGCAUCCUGGCGGCGAGCGUGACGUACCAGGCUGGUCUCGCGCCUCCCGGCGGCACGUGGGGCGACGACGAUACCGCUUCGUCGUCGCCCUUGCCGUCCCCAUCGGCACACCCACCCACCGUCGCCGGCAACCCGAUCCUGCUUGACUUCAAUGCUGCACGGUACCAGGCCUUCUUCUACUGCAACGCAACGUCGUUCGUGGCCUCGGUCGUCGUCAUCUUGAUGCUGCUGCAACGCACCACGAAGAAGCAGCAGCCCGGCGCGCCACUGCGGGCAUUGCAGACCGCUGUGGUCCUGGACCUGCUCGGCCUGCUGGGCGCGUACGCCGCUGGCAGCUGCAGGGACUGGGAGACGUCAUCGUACGUCAUCGCGCUCGUCGCGGCAGUGGUCGUCUUCACCUUGAUCUACGUGUUGUUGUCAUUCAACGUCGUGCGGGCAAAGGCCGAGGAGCUCACGGUGUGGAAAUACUUUUCACAAAAGGGGUUGAACUACUCGGGAGCACGCAAUGAUCAUGAUCAGCCUGCCGGAAAUGGUGUGUAAUUAAUUAAUUAUUUCUUCUUAUUCCAUAAAAAACUAGUUAAUUAUUCUUGUUUACAUUCCCUUGGUUUGAAGUUUAUUUUUUCCGAGUAUUCCCUUGAUUUGCAGUGCUGUUGAUCGGACAACUCAUGUAAGAUUAUUUUAUUUUAUUUUAUUUUUUGCUGGGAAACUUGUUUC